UUGAAGUCACUAGGGAUAAUAAAGAUAAUACCGAAGCAUUAUAUAGUGCUGGUGCUGUAAAUCCCGGAAUUGAAACAUCCGAUCCAGAGAAAUUAAGAAUCACUCACAAAGAGAAAAAACAUAUACCAAGCGGAAAAAGAUUUUGUUUUAGAUUUGUAACAUUGUUGGCCAGUCUUGGUGCUGAGGCUACUAACAUCAGUGCACCUAUUGUUUCCCACCAACAAACACCUGAAGGCGCAAAUCAAUUAGCAAUCAUAUUUUUGCAUAUCGUAUCCUCAGUAUCGAUUAUUGUUUCAAUAUAUUUCAUUUUGCUUUAUUGUUGUCGUAGAUUCGGCAAUGCGAAAAAAAUAUCCAGAAUUUUAUUACAUUUAAUUGAUCUGGUAUUUGCAAUAUCUUUUGGCGUUUUAAUGGUUUUCAUGAUUGGGAAUUUCAGAUGUAAAAUUGGAGAUUUGAACGGAUGGUAA